GGAUCAUUCUGCUCUGUUCUUCAUAUUGAACUAAAAUACCCUUUACUCUUCUCUUUCUCAUUUUGCAAAAUUCACACUUCAAACUCUGAAUCUCCAAUGGCUUCUUUGGCUGCGCUCAGUUCUAACCUCUUCAAUGGAGGUUGCCUUUGGAAGUACCAGGACGAACUGAAGGUUUCUAAGGCUGGUAAGCUCAGAAUUAGAAUUACUUCCUUGGCGUCAUCAUCACCAGCGCAAAGCUUGCAGUUUGCGGAUGGUAAAGCUAACAAAUUGGAAAAAUUGCGUAUUGGUGUGCUAGGUGCUAGUGGCUACACUGGUUCAGAGAUUAUUAGACUCCUGCGAAAUCAUCCACAUUUUCAGAUUACUUUGAUGACGGCUGACAGGAAAGCUGGCCAAUCAAUCGAAUCUGUUUUCCCUCACCUGGUCACACAAGAUCUACCAAAUCUAGUCGCUGUUAAAGAUGCAGAUUUCUCUGCUGUGGAUGCCGUUUUUUGUUGUUUACCACAUGGUACAACUCAGGAAAUUAUCAAAAGUCUCCCAACAAAUCUAAAAAUUGUCGAUCUUUCUGCGGACUUCAGAUUGCAAGAUAUUGCUGAGUACGAGGAAUGGUAUGGCCAGCCUCACAAAGCAACGGCUUUACAGAAAGAAGCAGUCUAUGGCUUGACUGAGAUUUCAAGGAGAGAAAUUCAAAGUGCACGUCUAGUUGCAAAUCCUGGCUGUUAUCCAACAUCUGUUCAACUUCCUCUUAUACCCUUGAUAAAGUCCAACCUCAUUGAAGUAAGAAACAUAAUUAUUGACUCAAAAUCUGGUGUCAGUGGAGCAGGUCGUGGUGCAAAGGAAGCAAAUUUAUACACUGAAAUAGCUGAAGGAAUACAUUCUUAUGGUAUAACCAGACAUCGACAUGUGCCAGAGAUUGAACAAGGCUUAUCAGAAGCUGCAAAUUCAAAAGUUACUGUCAGCUUCACUCCACAUCUUAUGCCAAUGAGCCGUGGUAUGCAAUCGACUAUUUAUGUGGAAAUGGCUCCAGGAGUGACAACUCAGGAUUUGAAAGAUCACCUUGGUAACUACUAUGAGCAUGAAGAAUUUGUGGUAUUGCUGAAGAACAAAGAAGUUCCCCAUACUCGACAUGUUAGAGGAUCAAAUUAUUGCCUCAUGAAUGUAUUUCCAGACCGGAUUACUGGGAGAGCAAUAAUAAUAUCUGUUAUUGAUAAUCUUGUUAAGGGAGCUUCUGGUCAAGCCUUACAAAAUCUUAACUUAAUGAUGGGAAUUCCAGAGAACUUGGGACUCGGUUGCCUACCUCUGUUUCCGUAGAAUAUUUUUUGUGGUUCAAUCCUCCUGAUGGCAUAAGUCUUCCUUGCAGGUAUUUGUGAAGUCUUAUUAUUUUCCAACAAGUAGAGAGUGCUUCAAGAUUUGCUGUGGAAGAGUUUUGCUUGCUGUAGAAGUUUUGGGCUCCCGGCUUAGUUAUCAGUUGUAUCCUAUAUUUAUUUGCUUGUUGUACGCCAAAUCACCCAGAAGGAAAUUAUGUGUCAUAGAUAAAGUUAAACAGGGGGUGGAUGUGGGUGCUGUAUUGUAUCCACUUUUUCUUUUCUCAUUUUGUUUAGUCUUGUUCAUGCAAAGCAUUACCCCAUGGGGUUGGCAACUUGGCAUCAUAUUUGAAUAAAACCAAAUAAUGUCAAGUAUGGACAGUAGUGCCCAUUUUAAUAAAGUUUUUUGGAGUUUUGUACUCAA